AUUGUUUGUGCAUGGAUACAAUGUAAACAAUCCGCGACAUUGUACGUGUAAAUAUCGUGGCAAAGAUCCAAGACUUAGAAAGUAUGUUCUUUGCCUUUGGACCGUGGCACAAAAAUGUCAUCCAGAUUCAGAUCAGCCCAGAAGGCCAAACCUCAAAGUCUCACCGCUAAAACAGAAUUCGACCUGCCAACAAAAAGUAUAUCAAACACAAAUCAACAGAAGAGGAUUCGCCCUAAGACUGUCCCCACCAGACCUCAGAAAGACAGUGUGAAACCAAUUUCUUUGUCAGUUACGGCAAAACCUAAAACUGUUAGCUCGGGACAAGUCAAUUCUGAGAAGAAGGGCAAUCGAAACGAAAAUGGUGCCACAAAACAUAAAAGUUUAAGUAAUUCUUUGACGAAGGAAACAGAAAAUGGCAGCAAGAACUAUGAAGGUGAGAAAUCAGAAGCUGAUGUGAACACCACAACGUUAAGUUCACCAGAACCAAACGUUACCUGGAAGAACGACAGCGAAAAAGAGGCUGAUUUGAAAACCAGAACGUUAAAUCCACCAGAACCAAACGUCGGUGGAAAGAACAGCAAUGAAAAAGAGACUGAUGUGAAUACAGGAACUUUACGUCAACCGGAGCCAAAUUUUGGCAGGAAAAACGAAAAAGGAAAGAAACCAAGGGCUAGUCUAAAUACCGGAACGUUAAGUCAACCGAAAUCCAAUGCUGACAGGACAAUCGGGCAAGGAGAGAAACCAAAGACUGAUCUGAAUAUUGAACUAAGUCAAGCAGAACAAAAUGUUAACAUCCGGAUUUCUUCAAGUUCUAAUGAGAUUUCUGAUAAUGAUUCGGUAGCAGAAACGCAAAACGGAAACGACAAUACUCCAGAACACAUAAGACCCGAGUCUUCUGACAAUGAUUUAAAUAACGUUUGUAAUGGUCAAAUCAUAACCGUUGAAAACGGAAACGCAAAUGGUGAAGACAUUUCAGAGGAACAAUUGGAAGCAAGUGUGUUCGAUGGGGUUGGUCGAUUCUUCAUGUGUUCUAUUGACUCUGACGUCACAACUCCAUGGGUAGGUGGAUUAGCGUACGUCAAAAGUGGUGACGUCAUUUGUUUAGACCUAAACAAUGAGUGUAUCAAACGAUUCGACAAAAAUUUCAAGAUAGUGGCAAGCAUUGAGGUCCCAUUUGACUGUUGUGGAAUGACAAUUACAUCACAUGAUGAAAUUGCAGUUACGUGCCUUAAUGAAAUUCAUUUUUAUAAUGUAGGGAAAUUCGGAAUGAACAGAACUGCAAAAUAUGUUACUGUAAAUGGAAUGGCGCAUGGUAUCGCCUCCGACCAAAGCUGGUUUGCCGUGACAUGUGAUAUUUCAGAACCGGAAGAAAGUACGAUUCGAAUUAUCGACGAAAACGGAAGAGAGCAGUUAGCAAUUUAUCCACCUGUUGUGUCAGAACUUCCAUUAAAACUGUCAUCCUCCAUUGAGUUUGACAAAUCAGUAGGUCGGGUUUUCAUCUCAGAAUCAGCACCGAGCCGGGUCGUCUGUGUCAACUUUCAAGGUGAGGCAUUGUGGGAUACUUCAAUUCCCGGUGGUUCACGUGGCAUCGUCUCUAUUGGCAACAAUAUUUUAGUGUGCGACCAGUUCAGUGAAAAAGUUCGUUUACUGACAAAAGAUGGCGCUCUUAAGGCAGCAGUUUUAUCGUCUGAAGACGGACUCUGUAACCCUGACAUCAUCGCGCGCAGACCUGAUUCCAAUGACGUCAUAGUGUCCUAUGGUGGCUUUGGAACUAUUGGACUAUUUUCUAUACAAUAAUUUGUUUUGUUAAGGUUGAUGGGGUGUGCAUGCAAUAAUUGAAUUAACUGGUAGAUUUUAGAUUAAGUAGUGAUAGCAGCGUAAUAUUUAUAAAAAAUGUGUAUUGCUUAGGGUAUGAGGUGUAUGGGGAAUACGUUUAGAAAUUGUUUUGGGUCUCUCUUUCUGUUUCAUCAAAUUCCGAGCUGUAAUAUUAGAACAUCUUUUAUAUCUUUAGUUCUGCAAUGAAUAAGACUGCAUUGGCAUUUAAUCUUGCGAAAAAAAAAAAUCGAACACAUACGAUUAAUGCAAAUCGUGAAAAAUACUCGAAUGAAGACCUAGUGUAUUCCAAAUGUGGUGCAGAGGGUCCCGAGGUGUUCUGAUUGAAACCAGUCUUUAUUCAUUUAAUUUAAUGUCAUUAAACUGCUUAUGGAUUUAAGGGAAAAUCCUCAUUAUAGAUUAAGUAACAUGUCAUGUUUUAUAAAUGCAUGCAUCUAAUUAUGAAAGAUUUUAUCUAUUGUUGAUCACUAAUGCAAGAAAAUCUUUAUUAUUGUACCAUUACUAACCAACUGUGUUCAGUUCUCCAAGUAAUGCAAUAAAAAUUCAUGCCU